CCGGAUCUCGGGCAACGAAGAAAAAGCAACACAAGAAGUCGUGUCUGUGUUGACAUUCAGACGUUUGUUUGUUUGUUUUUUUUCACGUUUUUGUUUUUUUUCACGGUUAUAAAAAAUCCAUCACCUGCUUUAUUGCGUGUCUAAAUGAAUGGAUAAUUCCAGCUAAAUCCUGCAUUAUGGUGGUGUUUCAGAGAUUUCAUCAGCUCCGGACGCUGUACUUUGCUUCCCGGUGGCUAAACCCACACACCUGCAGUGUGACUGUCCACAAAACCGUCACCGACCGGACGCGACCGCGUUACACACACGAUGCAGCCCCGACUCGCCGACCUUUCUCCAGAGUCAUGCCUGAAGACAUCAACUUCUUUAGCCAACAUCUCCCAGGGAGAACCGUCACAGACCCGGAUGUGUUGGAGUCCUGCAACGUCGACUGGCUCAAGUCGACGAAAGGUAGUAGCGUGGUUCUGUUACGACCGAAGACGACAGAAGAGGUCUCUCAGAUUCUCAGGUACUGCAAUGAGAAGAACCUGGCCGUGUGUCCUCAGGGUGGAAACACGGGGCUUGUGGGGGGGAGUGUUCCCGUGUUCGAUGAGAUCAUCCUGUCCACUGCGCUCAUGAACCGAGUCCUCGCCUUCGACAGCAUCUCAGGCACGACCGUUUUGUCCUUGAAUCCACAGCAGAACUGUGAUCAAAACCUUCUGCAGCUGUCGGUGUUGUACUUUUUAACGGAAUGUAGCCAUCUUUUAACAGGGAUUGUGACAUGCCAGGCAGGAUGCGUGUUGGAGAGCCUGUCUCAGUAUGUGGAACAGCAUGACUUCGUUAUGCCUCUAGAUCUUGGAGCAAAGGGAAGCUGCCACAUCGGUGGCAACGUGUCCACCAAUGCGGGCGGGCUUCGCCUACUGCGCUACGGCUCCCUCAGAGGGACGGUUCUGGGUCUGGAAGUGGUGCUGGCAGGCGGCAGGGUUUUGGACUGUCUGGCGAAACUCCGUAAGGACAACACGGGCUACGACGUGAAGCAGCUCUUCAUUGGUUCGGAGGGAACGCUUGGUGUCAUCACCGCCCUGUCCAUCCUCUGUCCUCGGAAACCUAAAUCUGUAAACGUGGCCUUCUUAGGCUGCUCCAGCUUCCAGAAGCUUCUGGAGACAUUUCAGAUUAGCAGAGGGAUGUUGGGGGAGAUCCUCUCUGCUUUCGAGUUCCUAGACGCCUCCUGCAUGAGCUUGGUGGAGAAGCAUCUCGGGCUCGUCAACCCCAUCGCCGAGAGCCCUUUUUACAUCGUGAUCGAGACGGCAGGAUCCAACGAGGCACAUGACGAGGAGAAACUGCACAACUUCCUAGAAAAGGUCAUGGCGUCUUCGCUGGUCCAGGACGGUACCGUAGCAACGGAGGAGGUUAAAAUUAAGGCACUUUGGUCUAUUAGAGAGAGGAUCACAGAGGCUCUAAGGCAUGACGGAUACACGUACAAAUAUGACAUCUCGCUUCCGCUAGAGAAGAUCUACGACCUGGUCACUGACAUGAGAGCGCAUUUGGGAAGCCAAGCAAAGAACGUAGUGGGCUACGGACACGUAGGUGACGGCAAUCUUCAUUUGAACGUCACGUCUCCCGCCGGAGACGCAGCACUUCUGGCGGCGAUCGAGCCUUAUGUGUACGAGUGGACGCGCAAGUGGCAGGGAAGCAUCAGCGCCGAACACGGCCUCGGGCUGAAGAAGAGAAACUACAUCUACUACAGUAAGUCUCAGGAAGCCGUACGCCUCAUGGCCGACUUUAAGACCAUGCUGGAUCCCAAAGGGAUCCUCAACCCAUAUAAGACACUUCCUGAUAACAUUCGCUGAAUCGUAGAUGCAGGAACUCGCGGAUAUGAAUACAACAAAUAAGGAGCACGUACUUGGUUUUAAACCCAGCAUGAGAUUUUAUUGUAAUGUAUGUAAAUAAACCGGAUUGUGUCUGUUUCCGUUUAGUCAAUAAAGAGAAUUCUUUUGAUUAUUGUGGAGGAUA